AUGAGUGUGAACCUGGGGAGAGGUGUAGAGCCUGGCGAUGCCGUUCCCGCCCUGGCGAUCCUCCAAGUGGUUAUCAACCUGAAGACAAACAACAGUCGGAUAAACCUCGGGGUCACCUCUUGUUGCCUGUCCCCGACCGUCCAGCCGGACCUCACCAACUCUACCUGCUGCCUUUUCUCCAGGUUAGCAGCAGAGCCAAUGGGGAUCACGCUGCUGCCCAGUGCCCUGUCAACCAGUGCCAGCUUCACCAUCAGUCUCUUCCGAAUGAUUAAUUACUCCGUGGUGUACCUACACUGUGAUCUCAGUGUCUGCCCGAGGAACCGCUCCGGCUGUGAAAGGCAGUGCCUUCAGAAGAGGAGUGCAUUUCCCUUAGAGGGUCCAGCGGCUGUUGGUACCAAUCUCAGGAAUCGCAUAUCCUUUGGUCCCAUGUUGAAAGAAAUGAAGAAUUCUACCGUCCCAGAGGAGAUAGACCCGUCAGAGCUGGACCUGGUUCUGGUCAUCGUCAGCCUGGCGGUUGGCUCCUCUCUUGUCUCAGUGAUGCUGCUGCUGGUGUGGCUGGCCUAUCGUCGCCGGGCAAUCUGGCCGCUCCACUCGGCAGCUCAACCACGAGCCUGCUGUGGCUGUCUGCACCCGGGAGGUGACUUGAUCCUACCGUGACCGAGGAGGAACCACUGCCAAUUACACUGAUCACGUCCUCACCAAAAUAGCUGCCGACAAUUACAUUAGUCAACAGACAGUGGAGCAGUCAAUCAUAUUAACCGUAGAGCACAGGCGGCCAGUCGUAUCAGCCGGCACAGGCCAGACUAGACGAUGAGGAGCAAUCCAAUUCACACCUCCUCUCAUAGGUGACACAGCUGUUGCAGUCAAAUUUCACACUUAACCAUGAGCAGUCUAUUAUCAUUCACUGAAAAUAAACACCGUCCCCAAAUAGAAAAGCUGCUCUGAUCCCUUUAUAUUCCCUCGGUGGCAACAAAUCAAUACUCGUUGUAUCCCAGUUUGAGAUUGAUAGCUCGUUAAUACUGGUUUAUUAUAAUGUAUGCAUUCGUGGCUUGACAGUUAUAUUGAGCCGCUGUGAUUGACUGUUUAGGGAAAAUGUCUUUCAUUGGGUUAGAGAAAAUUCAAGCUCAUUUAUUAUUACAAGAAAAUGUACAAGGACCCUCUGCAAUGUUGGUUUUCUUUUCAAAUGUCCAAUCAAAAUGACAUAUUGCAUCAAUAUAUAACAUGAUAUGGCAAAUAAUGUAAAAAUGUUUAAUCAUGAAUCAUUAUCUACCAUUUAGAAUAUAUGUAUUAUAGGGCUAUCAAUCAAUUCAAAUAAUAAUUGCAAUUUAUCGUUCAUGUAAUAAUCGUGAUUAAUCGCAAAUUAAUCGCACAUUUUUAUCUGUUCAAAAUGCACCUUAAAG